GAGCUUGUGGCUCCCACAACAAUCCUCAUUGAUUUCUCCAUAUAUAUCACAUGAGAAUCCAACUCGACUUCAUACUAACAUUCAUCCCAAAAGUUCCAUUCUUUUUCACAAAGCCAUUGUGCUGUUUUCUCCAUUUGGAUCAAAAUGGUUGCUGAGAACAAUAAAAACAAGGACGUAACACUCUCUGCAUCAAUGGACAACAACAACAACAACAUCAAAGGAACUAACAUUCAUCUUGAGGUUCAUCAAAAGGAACCAGCUUUGGUCAAACCUGAAUCCGAGACACGAAAGGGCCUUUACUUCUUGUCGAAUCUUGACCAGAACAUCGCCGUGAUUGUUCGUACAAUCUACUGUUUCAAAUCCGAGGAGAGAGGGAACGAGGAAGCAGUCCAAGUGAUCAAGAAAGCUCUGAGUCAAGUUCUUGUUCAUUACUAUCCUCUCGCUGGACGCCUCACCAUCAGUCCUGAAGGUAAACUCACAGUUGACUGUACCGAAGAAGGAGUUGUGUUUGUGGAAGCAGAAGCAAACUGUAAAAUGGAUGAGAUUGGUGACAUUACCAAACCCGAUCCUGAAACUCUAGGGAAGCUUGUGUACGAUGUCGUAGACGCCAAGAACAUUCUUGAGAUCCCUCCUGUUACCGCUCAGGUGACUAAAUUCAAAUGUGGAGGGUUUGUUCUCGGACUCUGUAUGAAUCACUGUAUGUUCGAUGGAAUUGGAGCUAUGGAGUUUGUUAACUCAUGGGGUCAAGUCGCUAGAGGCUUACCAUUAACAACUCCCCCAUUCUCAGACAGAACCAUUCUCAAUGCUCGAAACCCUCCAAAGAUCGAGAAUCUCCACCAAGAAUUUGAAGAGAUCGAAGAUAAAUCCAACAUCAACUCUCUUUACACCAAAGAGCCAACUCUCUACAGAUCCUUCUGCUUUGAUCCAGAGAAAAUCAAGAAACUUAAGCUCCAAGCAACAGAGAACAGUGAGUCUCUCCUCGGUAACUCAUGCACAAGUUUUGAGGCUUUAUCUGCUUUUGUCUGGAGAGCAAGAACCAAGUCGUUGAAGAUGUUGAGUGAUCAGAAAACGAAGCUUCUCUUCGCCGUUGAUGGUAGAGCCAAGUUCGAGCCUCAACUGCCAAAAGGGUACUUCGGAAAUGGAAUUGUUCUCACAAACUCCAUCUGUGAAGCUGGGGAGCUUAUCGAAAAACCGUUGAGUUUCGCGGUGGGAUUAGUCAGAGAAGCCAUUAAGAUGGUAACUGAUGGGUACAUGAGAUCUGCUAUUGAUUACUUCGAAGUCACGAGAGCAAGACCUUCUCUUUCCUCGACUCUUCUGAUCACUACAUGGUCAAGAUUGGGUUUCCACACGACAGAUUUCGGUUGGGGAGAACCGAUUUUAUCCGGUCCAGUAGCUUUGCCUGAGAAAGAAGUAACUCUGUUUUUGUCUCAUGGAGAACAGAGGAGAAGCAUCAAUGUGCUUCUUGGACUUCCCGCUACAGCCAUGGAUGUGUUUCAAGAACAGUUUUUACAGAUAUAAUAUGAACAACGACAAAAUACAAAUAUCUGGCAAUUAUUGUCAAAACCUAUUCGUUUUACUCUGUUUUUCUUGCUUCCUUUUUUUUUUAUCUUUUUGAUUUAUGCUGAAUUAUUAUUGUUAUCUUCAUCUUAAACUUGUCUGUAUCUUGCAUCAAGUUUCAACCAUAAAUUUAUAUUAUUUCAAACUAUAUUGUAAUAAUAUUAUUACUUGAACUGUUUC